AAUGGCGAAGUUGGGUUGUUUUACGUUCCUUGGUAAUGGGCAUGGGCAUGGGCGUGGAAUCGCGCUUAGCUUCUGUGGUGUGUGCGUGUGUAUGUCUUCUGGCGAUGGGCUUCCACUGCCGCUGCCUUCUCGCCGCUUCUCUGCUGCAAAAAGAAGGAUCGGUGGAUGGUUUCAUCAACAUCGACUGCGGCGCAUCUGAAGACACGAUAAGCACAUGGCCUGGGUUGGAUUAUAAGUCUGACAAAUAUAUGAUGGAUUCAGGAAUGAGCUAUCAAAUAUCACCAAAGCUUCGUGCGGGUUUGGCAUCACAAUACUGGAGUUUGAGAAGCUUUCCAAACGGCACAAGGAAUUGCUAUCGUCUUGCACCAGAUCAGAACCAGAUGAAAGAACAGAGCAGUAGUAAAAGAUAUCUGAUCAGAGCUUCCUUUGUGUAUGGCGAUUAUGACGGCUUAAACACCACCCCGAUCUUUGACCUGUAUCUGGGCGUGAACUUCUGGACUACUAUAAAACUAAGUAGUCUAACUCUGGAUGCUGUUACUCCUCCUUCUUCUUCCAAUUCCGCCGGCGGCACGGAUUAUCUGGACGUCUGUUUGGUUAACACUGGAAUCGUGAAUGGAGUGCCUUACAUUUCUGCCUUGGAAUUACGACCAUUGGACAUCUCCCUUUACCCAACUGAUCCCAGUAACGACGCAAAACCCUUGCAACUUUGGGCACAGUGGGACAUUGGAGGCACCAAACAAAUUCGAUACCCGCAAGAUGUUUUUGAUCGAUAUUGGGAAGGUUACGAAUGUGAUGAUGCAUUUGGUGAUAAUUCGAUAUUGGUGUCAACGGAGGCGUCUAUAACUGAGAGCAACGAUGAUCCACACAAGCUGCCGCCGGCUCUGUUGCAAACGGCAUGUCGUGCCACCAAUUCCAGCUUUCCAUUGGAGUAUACCUGGACGCCUAAGCAAGGGAGUAAUUCUCGGUAUUACUUUUGCUUUCAUUUUGCAGAGAUUGAGAAGCUUCCAUCUGGGCACUUUCGAGAAAUGAGUAUUACAUUCAACGAUGUUCAUAUCAUCACUAGCUCCAUUAAACUGCUCCAAUAUCUCACCCCACAAUCCCUUUGCUCAAAAGUCUAUGAUGUGGUUCUUAACCAAGUUAAUAAAUUGUCAAUUUCUGCAACCUCUGCCUCUUCCCUCCCUCCUAUCCUUAAUGCCAUUCAGAUUUUCUGUACCAUGGACACUACUAAUUCACUCACCUUCUCCCAAGAUGUGCAUGCAAUAAGGGACAUCAAGAGCCAUUACAAGUUGAGUAAAAAUUGGCAGGGAGAUCCUUGUGAACCACCAGCAUUCUCCUGGGAGGGAUUGACUUGCAGCAAUAACGCUAACCCCCCUUCUUGGCCUAGAAUUAUUUCACUUAACUUAAGCAACAGCAACUUGAUGGGAGACAUCCCAGCUCCCAUCUCCCUUCUUACAGCAAUCAACUGCAUAGAUCUAUCCUAUAACGAGUUGAAAGGAGGAAUACCAGAAUUCUUGGGCCUAUUACCACAACUGCAACAUCUUAAUUUGAGUGGGAAUAAACUCACUGGUGUAGUACCUGAAACUCUUCUCCAGAAGUCCAAAGAUAGAACUUUAGUUUUAAGUGUGGAAGGAAAUCCUGAACUCUGUUGGUCGCCUCCAUGCAACCUGCACAGAAAGAAGCAGUUGGCCAUUCCAGUUCCUAUUUUUUGCGGCGUGAUAGCAGCCCUUGUCCUGGUACUCUUGGGAGGAGUGAUUAUAAUGAUUAUCUAUACAAGAAGAACCAACAAAGGCAAUAAUAAUUCGGUUGAAAGGAAGCAAAGAUCAGGAGCAAUAAGAUUGAAGAACAGACGAUACACUUAUUUGGAGGUUGUAAGUAUUACUGAAGACUUUAGAGUGGUUAUUGGAGAAGGAGGAUUUGGGAAAGUUUUUCUGGGUGUUCUUGAAGAUCAACAAACCAUGGUUGCUGUGAAGGUGCUUUCACCAACAUCACAACAAGGCUACAAAGAAUUUCAAGCAGAGGCACAACUUCUUAUGGUUCUUCAUCAUUGCAACUUGGUUUCUCUUCUUGGAUACUGUGAUGAAGGCGAUCACAGGGCACUUAUUUAUGAAUACAUGGCUAAUGGCAGUUUAGAACAAUAUGUAUCAAACAGAAAUACAAACUCAAAUAUGAAUUCUCUUAGCUGGGUUGGAAGAGUUCAAAUUGCAGUGGAUGCAGCUCGGGGAUUGGAGUAUUUACACAAAGGCUGCAAACCCCCCAUCAUUCAUAGAGAUCUAAAACCUGCGAACAUAUUAUUAGACAAGACAAUGCAUGCUAAAAUAGCUGAUUUUGGAUUAUCCAGAACUUUUUCAACUGAAAAUCAAUCUCGACUUUUAACUCGUCUUGCUGGUACUCCAGGAUAUCUCGAUCCUAUAACUCAUAGUCAUGGAAAUGUUAAUAAGCAAAGUGAUGUGUAUAGCUUUGGGAUUAUCUUGCUUGAGCUGAUUACCGGGCAAUCUGCAGUAACAAAAUCUUCUCAGGGGAACUUUUAUAUAUUGAACUGGGUGGAAUCUAUGAUCAGAACAGGAUAUAUUGAACACAUUGUUGACUCCAAGUUAGGAGGAGAUUUUGACAAAAACUCAGCUUGGAAAUUCAUAGAACUUGCCAUGUCGUGCACACAGCCAAAUGCUCUACAGAGGCCGGACAUGAGCCAUGUUUUGGAGGAGCUCGAGGAGUGCUUGGCAGUCCAUCAAAGUACUUCAACACAAACUCGUGUCAUGUCCACUAGAGUCCUCUCAGAAUCUGAAAUAGCUCCUUCUCCAAGGUAGUCCACACAUAAAACCUAUUAGGACUCGAAACCGACCAAAACCGGACUAACCGAAACCAAACCGAUCUAUUUUGUCAUUAGUUACUCUUGUUUUUACUAGACUGAAUGGUUUGAUUCGGGUCUCGAUUUGGCUCAAAAUUGAUAAAAUCGAACUGAGUAUUA